UUAAAAAUAUUUAUUCAAUACUCACAACUUUAAGUCAAAAGUUUUAUAUUUUUCCAUCAUUUUUAAAUGAUGUCAUUUGCAAUACACUUUAAAAACACUCAUGCAUUACUGGGACUAUCUCAGGGUCAGCUAAGACCUCGGGGGCAAAUUUCAUAAUGAAUGGGGCAAUUUACUUAUGCAACCCCUCUUUUUCUUCCAACAGAUGCGUCAGAGCAGUCCACCGGUGGUCUGUCUCCCUCCUCUAGUCCAAACCCGGCUAAAAGAAGCAACGCUAUGAACUGGUCUCUUCCCGAUAAAAUCAAGUCACCGCGGACUGUCCGAAAACUCUCCAUGAAGAUGAAGAAAUUGCCCGAUCUCAGUCGGAAGCUUAGCGUUAAAGGGAACCUCGCAAGCAGUGCGACAGGCAGUAAUUGCCAAUCAGAGUCCAAAGCCAGUAGGAUGCCAGAACUGGGGCAUUCCCAGUCUAGAUGGUCCCCAGCAGGUGUAGCGACUGCAUUGGCGAGCGGUAACGUGAUUUGGCGGUACCAUUUGGACAGCAGCGUUUCAACACAACACAACUGUGAUAAGAGACGGAGCAACAGUGGCGGUGUUCCCAAAUCGGCAAGCAAGGGAGGUUACCUCAGCGACGGGGACUCGCCCGAACUUGUGGCGAAGUUGGGCAAUCAUGGCACGUCGGAAAGAAAGAACGCCAAAGCCCGGGAACGGGAUCCUAAUGGGAAUGGCGGAAGCCCGAAGCUUCCCGGCACAGAGCUGGAUAUCGACGCCUUCCGUUCGUACAGUUUCUCCGAGCAGCCGAAGUGUCUAACGUACAUCUCUGGACUUAUGAGUCUGCACUUUUAUGGCGCCGAGGACCUGAAACCUCUGCGGGUCGAUUCCCGUGACAUCUACUGCGCCAUCCAAGUGGACUCUGUCAAUAAGGCCCGAACGGCUCUGUUGACGUGUCGCACGGCCUUCCUGGACAUGGACCACACCUUCAAUAUCGAUUUGGAGAAUGCUCAGCACCUUAAACUCGUUGUGUUUAGCUGGGAGUCGAUGCCGCGGCGGAACCGCGUGUGCUGCCAUGGAACUGUAGUUCUGCCGGUGCUGUUCCGCGUGAGGAAGACGCACCAGCUCGCGGUCCGUCUGGAGCCACGCGGAAUGAUCUACGUGAAGCUGAGCCUGAUGGAGCAGAGGCAAAACUCUCUGGAUGGCCAAGAUGGCCACCACGAGUCGCAGGUGUUCGGCGCGGAGGCUCGGCGCGUGGUCGAGUGGGAGGCGUCUGGACUGAUGGUCCCGCUGCUCAUCGAGAAGUGUAUCGCUGAGAUCGAGAGGAGGGGCUGCCAGGUGGUGGGUCUCUAUCGUCUGUGCGGUUCGGCAGCAGUGAAGAAGGAACUGCGAGAAGCGUUUGAGAGAGACAGUCACACUGUCGAGUUGUCGGAAGACAACUACCCAGAUAUUAACGUCAUUACAGGUGUGUUGAAGGACUAUCUCCGAGAGCUUCCUCAUCCGCUCAUUACUAAAGAGCUGUACGAGUCGGUUCUGGACUCCAUGGCAAAGAGACCGCUGCAGAUCGGAACUGGCGGCUGUGAGAACGACCUGUCCGACUCUAAACACACUGUCAGCUUGCUGGAGAUUCUGCCCGAGGUUGAGAAGGCAACGUUACGGAAGCUUCUGGAUCAUCUGAAGCGUGUGGCGUCUCAUCAUGAGGUGAAUAAAAUGACGUGUCAGAACCUUGCAGUUUGUUUCGGUCCAGUUCUGCUCAGUCAGCGACAGGAUGCGUCCUCUCACGGGAACCGGGUGUUUAUUGACUCAGAGGAGCUGGCCAGUGCUCUACACUUCAAAAAACACAUCGAGGUGCUUCAUUACCUGCUGCAGCUCUGGCCAGUUGUGGACGCUCAGGGUAAGUCUUCAUCUCCUUCAUCACCUGCCCCAGUGGAGUCGCUCCAAGUGUUCCCAGUGGUGACGGCUGCCAUGAGGCGAAGGAAGGAGCGCCCACAGGUGCUGAAUCUAACUGAUGCAGAAAUGGUUGGAGUUUUACGACCUAGAACCGGGCGUCUGGACAGUCCCAGUAACCGCUACGCUGGCGACUGGAGCAGCUGCCGGGAGCCAUACCUCCAACUGAGCUGCCAGGAGGAGGCCGAAUAUGAUGAUGUUCCCAGUGAAGAGCCUCCGAAUGCAGGGAAGGAGGACAUGUCGAAAGGUACUGAAAAUGUGGUCUCCCAACAAGAGCUGCCUGAGGUGGAUGAGGUAACCGAGGGAUUUGAGAAAAUGCAGAUAGAGGAGGAAGAGGAGGAGGAAGAGAGCGAACGAGAGGAGGGAGGAGGUUUGGACAGGCUACAAAUAGAGGAAUCCCUCCCCAUCAGCGUGUGUGAUCAGAUCCUACCAGAUCACAAAGAGCAUCAACUGAAAGAGCAUACCUACCAGGCCUACAUGAAAAUCCAGGAGAUCAGCCCGGCACUGAGCAACAGGGUCAACCUGCGGGACCUGCAGGAGAGCAUUGACACUCUCAUCGGCAACCUAGAGAGAGAACUCAACAAGAACAAGCUAAACGUUGGGUACUGACAUUGGGCAACUUAACUAGUCCGGCUCAACCUGGUGUUUCCUUGGAGACAUGAGUGCUAUGGUCCAUAACUAUAGACAUUCACCAAGACAUUCCUUAAUUCUGAUUGUUUUCAUUUGUCUUUUGGUCUCCGUUUUGUUGAUCUCAUUGUUUUUCUUCUUGUUAGAAGAACCCAUUGAACCCUUGAGGGGUGCACAAGGUGCCUUUAUUGUGUUAAGGUGGUGCUGACGACAGCGAGAGCUUUUUACUUUCUACAGAGGUACAAAUUGUUACGAUGUAAACCAAUGCACUUACGAGGCCUGUUGUCAGAGGCAUGGCUGGGAGUUCAGGUACAAACAGGUGUGAAGCCUUACUGGGGGUGAACUAGGUACUACACAUGCAUCCAAGGUUGUGAACUUACACCCUUUCAGAGGCUAUUCAAAAUGGUUCCUGAAGGUCUAGAUGUUGGGGUUCACUUCAAAGUUGAGCAGUCUUUGAACUACACACUGGUUGAUGAUAGAUCUCCAGGAGAAGAACUGAGCACUCCUACCCUAAACUAUAUGACCUAAACCAUAAAUUCUGCCAUUUAUGGCCUAAACCCUUAAUGUCCUACACCCUAUGCCCAACUCCCUACACGCAGAACCCUAUACCCUAAACCCAAACUUCAAUCUCUGCAAUCUACAGCCUACCAGAGGGUGCUCAGACCUGUUCUUGGGGAUCUAGAUUUUUGCAGAAUUGAGUUCUAACUAAUAAAGGUCUUUGGGUUCUCUUGAAAGUUGCCCCAUACCCCAUAUUCUACGUCCUAACCCCUACAUGUAACAACCUAAACCCUACACCUUCACUCUGAACCUGGAGUAAGUCGUAGGGUUGCUCCAGGUUCGGAGUGCAGCACGGUGUUAUCCCAAACCUAAGGUUAAUGUAGGGCAAGGAUUAGGGUAAAGGUUAGGGUCUAGCCUAAACUUUACCCUAAUCCUUGUCCUACCUUAACCCCUAAACCCUACACCUUCAUUCUGAACCUGGAGUAAGUCGUAGGGUUGCUCCAGGUUCGGAGUGCAGCACGGUGUUAUCCCAAACCUAAGGUUAAUGUAGGGCAAGGAUUAGGGUAAAGGUUAGGGUCUAGCCUAAACUUUACCCUAAUCCUUGUCCUACCUUAACCCCUAAACCCUACACCUUCAUUCUGAACCUGGAGUAAGUCGUAGGGUUGCUCCAGGUUCAGAGUGCAGCACGGUGUUAUCCCAAACCCUAGACCCUAACCUUUACCCUAAUCCUUGCCCUACCUUAACCCCUAAACCCUACACCUUUUCCCUCAGGGAGCAACUCAUGCUGCUGGUCUGUAGUAUGGAAUGUGAAUAUGGUUUAAUGAGAUUAAAACAGAGUUCCUUUGAAAAAUGCUUCAAACUUCCCCCUAAAACAAGCUAUGGACAGGUGAAUAUGAAUAUUCUUGUAAUAAUGUAGUAAUUUGUAAAGGAAAUAUUUAAUAAUAGUUAAGCAGAGCUUUAAAAGUUUUUUGAAGAUAAAACGUAAAAUCAAUGAAGCCGUUUUGGCUUUUGAAAGCGCUCCACCAAACACAAAAACAAAUAUGCAUGUCUCAGAAAGGACAUAAAAGAACAACAACACCAAUAGUAUAAAGGCUGGGGUAAAAGUGUACUCUUUUGACCGCGCAUAGACACGUACGGGCUUAUGGAUGUAUUUGCCGCAUGCACACUAAAACUGCUUCGUGACACAUUUUAACACCGUCAACGGCAGACGUGUACCUUCCGCAUGCCUAGAAAACCGCUUGUGGACAGUCUGCGCGUACUGUGCUAAUGAGGAAAUUUGCAGCAUGCACACUUAGCAGCGUGGAAAACUGAUAUACUUUGGCUUUAAGAUACCAAGCAUUGGUGUGCAUCCUAGCAACAGAUACAUGCUAACAGUAAUGUCCUUUUUUUGAGCAUUAAAAUUGUAAGUGCAUAAUAAUUCAGCAGUCCGGAGAUACAAAUGAAUCAGUAUUGGACAGACACACGUAUGUAUGUAUGUAUGAAUAUAGUCCGAAUAUGUUGCAUUUCAGUUCGUACACUUCAGUUUGUGCAUAUUUGUGCAUAGCUUCCUUAGCUGCAUAUCAGCCUGUUAUAUUAUUACAUAGAUUGAACAAAUAUAUACAUACAUAUAUAUAUACAUAAUUUUUCAAUCUAUGUAAUAACCCACAGUCACAGAACGAGGGGAUUUUGGGUCAAUUUAUGGUCACGAAAGUUGCACGGUCAAAAGCUUUACGGUCAAAACAAAAGUGUUUCUCCGUGUCUCCUAAUGCGGGAUGUAUUUAUGCUUGUAGAUAGAGAUUAUUUUAAUUACCAUGAAAUUACCGUGUUGUUGUGUAUUUUUUCCAUUUGGCAGCUGCUCACAUUUAUGGCAUGGUUGUAAAUUUGCAGUUUCGGUACUUGUGAAUAUAAGACUAUGAGUCUUGACAUAAGCUGUCCAGUGUUUUAGCCUGAUGAUAAUCACUGCAGCUAUAAUAAAGAAAUAUGGACUACAAUCUCAUCAUAAAAGGUCCAAAUAAAGAUCUUUGAGGAUUUAUUACAGCUGUAACAGCUUCAACUGAAUAACUAACUUGGGUUAAAAUGGGAAAACGAGUUAAUCCCAGCGAAUACAACCAGUGGACUACAGGUUUGUUUUGUUUUCCAUCGCCUCAGUUUCGUCAGUCUUAAAGGGCCAGUCACACUAGAAUGCUUAUGAGCAACACGAUAUGAGGUUACCCUCCUGGGCUUCUGUUUGAAAUAAUGAAUCAUGUUAAAAUAUGCAUUUAUGCUUUCCAUUAUCUGAACUGAACCGAUGUGAAAUCACCAAAAUGAGUCUUUCAGAUAAUAAAUUGGACAUCAAGAUUUCUCCAUUUUAUGCUGUAUGCACGAUUAGAUGGUUGCAUUGUAUUUAAACACACAAGAGACCCCCCAUUCGAGCACCUCUGAUCUACUGGUCAGACAUCUUUUUGCUAUGUACAUUUCAACAGACUAGUGUGACCGCAUCCUUAAGAGUAUUUGAUCUGUAACUGGUCUGGAAGUUUCUUUAAAAGUCUGAUUUGGGAUCAGAUACCCUCACUGCACGUCUGACCUCUGUCGUAUAGAGAUCAGGGACAGGACUGAUCCACGAUCAGUUAGAAGGAAACUUCUUACGGUGGAUAUAAAGAUGUGAGCUGCUUAUUGAGAAAACAUUCCCCUCUUUGUGUGCUUGAUGAGAGUUUGACUAAAGCAGAUAUUCUUUGUACUGAUAUUGAGAAGUAUAUGGUGAUAUUAAAGUUUAUGUUUCAUGUA